UCAAUUGGCCGCAUAAGGAAUAUUUUUUGUUUUUAAUUCCGGACACUUAUGAAAAUUAAAAUAACAAGGGAAAUAUGAAAUUACUGAAAUUGAGGUGGACACCUUUAUAUUUCACAAGUGAAAGGCAGUUUUUAUUUCAUUAAAUGUGUUAUGUUCAUAAAUUUGAUAUGGCUAAAUAUAUCUUAGGAUCCAUUUGUUUUCAAGAAACCUCUCCCUGGAAAGGAUCGUAUCUAGCCAUAUUAGGAAGCCAGAAUAUUAUUACCGCUUUCGAUAUCCGGGUAACACAAUGGGCGUCUCAGAUAUAAAGAAUGCAUUACAAAUAGAAGCAAUUCGAGUGAGUUGUAAGAUGGCAGGGCAGGUACUCGAAGCCUGCUCCCAACUAAUAAAAGCAGGUACAACAACAGAUGAAAUCGACGCUUUUGUUCACGAUCAGAUAAUUUCUGGGGGAGGUUACCCAUCUCCUCUUCGAUAUGCUGGAUUUCCAAAAUCUGUAUGCACAUCAAUUAACAACGUUGCUUGCCAUGGAAUUCCGGACGCAACCCAACUAGCCGAUGGAGAUAUAAUAAAUGUUGAUGUUACCGUUUUUUUGAAUGGCUAUCAUGGAGAUAGUUCUAAAACAUUUCUUGUGGGAAAUGUUGAUGAUUUGGGGGUAUUUUUAGUAAAGUCAGCAGAGGAAUGUCUACAGAAUUGCAUUAAAAUAUGCAAACCUGGAACCCCUUUUAGUGCAAUUGGUCGAUAUAUUACAGAUUUCUGCAACAUAAAGAAAUUGAAUGUCAUACCUGCAUUUGCUGGCCAUGGAAUUGGAAAAUCAUUUCAUGAGCCACCAGAAAUCCUGCAUUUUUAUAAUUCUGAACCAGGGCUUAUGCGAGCUGGAAUGAUAUUUACUAUUGAGCCCAUACUUAGUCUUGGAAAGCCCGCAGUUAGGGUAAUGGAAGAUGGCUGGACCGCAGUUUCCGUAGAUGGUCUACGAAGUGCACAAUUUGAACACACUAUACUUAUAACAAAACAUGGAAAUGAGGUGUUAACGAAUGUAAACUAAUUAAACAAGUUUUUCUCGACAAGUGAA